AUGUCAAUUUAAUAUACUUAAGAUGAAUUGCUCACCUUCCAAUAUUUCUUUACUAUGUGCGAUUAGACUGGCCAAGGAAUACUAGGUUAAGAUAUGGUGAUCAAUUUCUUUAAGGCAAGUGGUUUGAAUUAGUAGAUUUUAGGAGCUAUUUGGUAAAUUACAUCCUCCAAUGGACAGACAUUCACUAAAGAUGAAUUUUUUGCUGCACUUAAAUUGAUAGCAUUAGCCUAAAAUGGUUAUCCGCCAGAUGAGAAAUUGCUAUCUAAAAACGUUUCCUGUCCCUUACCUUUACUUCAAGGCUUCCAACCACCUAUAUACGAUAUCCAAAGUGAAUAGUUGCAAAAAUAUGAAAAUUAUUUUCUAACCAUAGAUUAGGAGGGCACUCAAAUAAUCCAGGGCAUGCAAGCAAGAGCUUUGUUUUCUAAAUCUGGCUUGAGUUUAGAUCAACUAAAAGAAUUAUGGAAUCUUUGUGAUAUUGGAGAAAAGGGUCAUCUAAACAAAGGAGAAUUCAUAGUGGCUUUGCACCUUGUUUAAUUGUGUUCUAAAUUUAAAUAUCCUUUACCCAUCACCUUACCAGAUUCUUUAUUAUAGAUUGCUAGAAGAUUCUCCAGUAACCCUAAUGGAGGUAGAUUAGGUUCAAAUUCAAAUUUGGUUCCUCAAUAAAGAUUUGGUUCCAAUUCAAAUCUACUCAAUCAACCCAGACCUAGAUUAGGAUCAAAUGCCAAUAUUGGAAUUUAACCGAUUUAAAGUGUUCAAUAGGUACAAUCAACUAUUUAGCCUUUAAAUGUUCCAACUAAUGUAAAUAUGAUUCCUGGAUAUGAUCAAAAUGGAAUUAAUUCAGUGAGGCAAUAAGUCAAUGAUUCUACUUAACAAGUUUAUCAGAUGUAGAAUUAAUUAAAUUCACUUUUCUAAAGUGUUUUACUUGAAAAACAAGAAGAUGUAAAAUAGAUGUAAGUCUUGAAUGAGAAUUUGAAACUUAUCUUGUCAAAUCUUUAAGAGCAAUAUAGAGCCAUUAAUGAGGAACUAAGUAGAAUAAGAAUGUAGAAAUAGGGGUUAACUUAAUAAAACCAUUAAUUGCAGUAAUAGAUAGGAAUGUAGAUGCAAUAAAAUAAAGAUUAGUUUGCUUAAUUGUAAUAAGAGCAAUAAUUGCAAUAAGAAUAAUAAUCAUAUUUAUCAUCACCACCUCAAUUUUAAGCCAUGACAUAAAAUUAAUAAUUGUAAACAUUAAGUUAACCACUUCCUUAAUAAAAUUUUGGAUUUUAAAAUACCCUUAAUUAUGGCAAUAGUAGUCCUUUACCUUAAACUAAUUAGAUCAAGAUCCAACCUUAAUAACCAAUUGUUCAAUUUAGUGUAGAUGAAGUUCAGAAGUAACCUGGUAUAUUAAAAAAUCAAGCAGGUAUUUGUUUAUAUGUAGAUUUAGAGACAUAAAAAAAGCAAGUAACAUUUGCAUAAUAAGAAGAGUAAUUUCCUUGGUGA